CUCACAAAGAGAGUCGCCUGCCCCAACUCCUUUGUUGAAUUUUCCAUUGACAAGGAUGUUAAGAAAAGCAAGGUUGUGUAUGCUUCCAAAGACCCGGUGUGGGAGGAGGGCUUCACCUUCUUUGUGCGUAACGUCAAAGCGCAGCAGCUCUCUAUUCAGGUCAAAGAGCCUGAGAAGAAGAAUCCACUCGGUGUUCUCAACUUGCCCCUCAGUCGCCUCCUCAACACCUCCAACCUGACUCUAGACCAGCGCUUCCUGCUGGAGCGCUCUGGAGCAACCAGCCAGAUCAAACUGAAGGCCACUCUGAGGAUUCUUAAAUUGGAAGAGCCUCCACCCAAGCCUAUCGUCAAUCCUCCUUCAGAAGUCAAACAAGCGGGGAAUACCUCAGUCUCCAAUCCCUCCAACGCUCCAUCCUCUUCUAACGCAGUUUCCUCCAAAGAAAUUCCUGUUGUCUCUACUCCGAAACAAGUGCCAACUUCACCAAAUGAAGGUUAUUUAGCUCAACGCCGUGGCUCCUUCCAGGCGCCUGAAAACAGGAAGGAAUCAUCUUCAUCAUCAAACUUGCGUCGGUUCGACUCUCACAGCCUGCUGUCGGAGAACUCUAUUGCUUCAUCACGAUUCGACCUGUCAGAUGGAGCCACCUAUCCCGAGGCCAUUAGGAAUCAUCAGGGUUCGUUUGGAGAGAUUGAGCUGGUUAUACGCUACGCAACCCUGAGACAUAAGCUUGUUGUCGUUGUUAACAGUUGCAGGAACCUAUUCCCCUGCAGCGAGAAUGGCACAGACUCUUACGUCCGCCUGUAUCUCCUCCCCGACCAAACCUGGAAGCAUCGUAAGAAGACGCAUGUCAAGAAGAGGACAACUAAUCCUGUCUUCAAUGAAAAGGUUGAGUUUGACGUCUUACUCGAGCAAGCACAAACUAGGAAGUUGGAUGUGUCUGUGAAAAAUAACAAGAUGUUGGUUUCCAGAGAGAGAAAGGACAUUGGCUCGAUAAUAAUAGAUCUAUCAGAAAUGGAUCUAGUCAAAGGCAUCACAGCGUGGUAUGAGCUCACUCUACCCGGGCUGAAGAAGUGAGUGUAACAUGUACAACUGAGAGAAACUUCAGCUUGAAAAGCUGCUGCUGCAACCGCUGCAGAGAAAAUGACAGACGUUCAUACUCCUUACUCAUCCGAAACACAGCAAACCAAGAUUUAUUUGUGUGUGUGUGUGCUUUUUUUUUUUUUUGUAACAAAAAGACCCUUAAUAACAAUGGAAAAAAAGGUUUGUGCAAGCAAAGCAAUGUCUAUAUUUUGGUUAUUUCAUCUGAACCAAAGUUCAUCUUUAGUGUUAUAUUGUAAAUAGAUUUAUUGACAGUUUUUAUGUAUAUAUAUUGGGGGAAAUCAGGUAAAAGCCAAAUGUUUGUUACAGCAAUGUAGAUGAGCGAGUGCAUGGUGAGGAAGGAUUACAGACUUUGAUAAACACUGAAAUGCACGAAGUCCCACUAAGCAGAUUUUACAUCGAGGCAGCUGAGCUGUUCUGCAGCUCAUUGGACGUAAAACUGCAUCCAAGAAGGGCACAAGCCAAGUUCUUUGGCCUCAGUUACUGACUCAAUAGGAUGUCAUUCCUUUUAAAGCUAAUCCUGUCAGACCAUUCAAAAUAACAUCUCAGUACGCCGUCAUUCUCUUUAUGAAGGACUACAGCUCUGAGCUAAGUAGUUAAUCAGAGGUUUGACAUAAACACUUUAAAGAAAGAUUUUUUUUUUUGUAUUUAUGUAUUAUUUAAAAAAAAUCUCAAUUGUAGUUGGUAAAUUUGUUACAACAGGUGGCAGAAUAUUUUUAGUAGAACUGUCUUCAGACUACCAGAGAUCUAUAGUGGAUGAAGACUUUGUCUUGGUUAAUAGUUUGAUGUUUUUCUGUUUUACAUUAAUUAUUGAGCAGGGAAGCUGUUCCCAGUUGUUGUUUUUGAGCUGAAACUAAAAGGGACAUUCAUUUUCAAUUCAUAUUCAUGGCAAAUAAAUAUCUUCAAACUAAUACAUGGUUGAUUUGACAUCAUUUCAGUGUGAGAGUGUGAUUGUGAAAAGAAUAAAUCUCUUCAGGCAGAUUCCCAGAUGACCAGCUGGGGGUAUAGAGUCCCUAUUCUCCCCACUGAACGCAGGGAGUAUGUAAUCAGUCACGUUUGUUAGUCUGUUUAGCAUCCAAAGCUUUCCAAGAUAUCCUUUUCAAAUUUUGUGUGAUGGUAGAUAAUAUGCAUAUCCAAAAAUAAAGAUUGUAAGUGUCAUGA